AUGUCUGUUCUACCGUCUGCGCCUUAUGAUUCUGUAGCUCGCGAGCAGCUUCGUGAACUCGUCCGACGGCAAAGAGAAGCCCAUCACAUAAGAAAGCGUUGCGAGGUUCAACUUCAGCUAGAUGCUCGUGAGCGAAUUAAACGCAACCUCGCCGCUACUGCCGCUGCAGCUUCCGCUGCUGCUUCUACAGCAGUGCCACCCUUUCCGGCCUCCUCUUUUUCUGCAAAGUUGCCCGCCAAACAAGAGCCGGUUCGGCCCCCAAGGGUCAAACAUACUGAUUUUCGUUUGCACUGUCCUCUAAAAGAGGAAAUCUUUCCUUUGGUUUCUGGCAUUCACACUGACGAAAAGCCUCUUACAGUUGAUGAUCUCCUUAAUGAGGAUGUUGUUCAAGAUGUUCCUAACCGCCUUGUUGACGAACAGAAGCAUUCUACUAUCGACUCCUCCAGAGCACCAUUACGGCCCAACGACAUUGUGGAGACUGGCAACUUAUCUAAGCGAAAUAUUCGCAGUGUCAAAUCUGGUCCAUGUGAGCACAACACACUCGUCUGGCGUCAUUUAUUGUAG